CACGCUCUCAGGUUCUCCAUUUAGAGAAUUGAGGUGCUUGCGUUCUAGUCUUUCUGAACCUCCAUGUUGUGAAGAGGAUCUACCUUGAAUUUAAAAUCAUUUAUCUGCGAACCUGCCCAUUGGGACCGCACAACGUACCAACCAUACCUCGAUUUAUCAUAACUUGUGAAGUCCACCCCACACCCGAUUUCAAGAUGACUAAGGAAGAAGCUGCAACCGAGGAGACUAAGACAGAGACUAAAUUAGAGGCCGCCCCAGAAGCCCCGCCCAAGACCGAACCUGAGAGCAAGAUCGAGGAGGGACAGGCAAGCGGAGAGGGCGCUGGUGAAGAAGGAAAGGAUGGUGAAUCAAAACCAGAGGGAAAGACGAGCUCGACGUCAACAAGGAAGAAGAAGUGGCUGCCAUGGCAGAGGAGAGAAGGAAACAGCGUCAAGGGGGCAAGCAUAGGGGCUGAACCUGCAAACAGUUCAGAGGAGAGACAACCCACCGAAGCUGAGAUGGACGCUGAGCUCCAGAAGCGAAUCCAAGACCUGCAACAAGAGAAGAGCAAAAUCCAGGACCGGCUCCAGCUCUACAGGAAGAUCAAUGACUUGGAGAAGGAAGUUGGUGAUAUGAAGGGUGAGCUUGACACACUCAAGGUCUGUGUUGCGAGACCGGAGGAGAUCGACACUAAGGUCCCGGAUGAAGGUAAUGGGACCACCAAGCCGUUUGCGUUUCAACAGUAACUGAUGAAACAAACAACUCAGCAAAGAGAAUUAUACUAAAAGUAAACUCACACAAGAAAUACGGACUCAUUCGGCAUUUCUGCAGUAUGUUGGGCAACGUGUAAAUGAAAAGGUUUCCAUGUUGCUUCGAAGGAUUAAUGUUCACCAGGGGGCCGCUACCACGUGUAGAUAGCGUCAUCAUCCAUCCAUCGACAGAUCCUAAACGGUUUAAUCUCCGUCCUGUGUACGUUGCAGAGAUAACGGAAAAUCAACCAAACAGUCCUCAUUACUGAAAUACAUACUACAUCAACAACACCCAACAACAUUCUAACCUGAAAUCGUUGCUCAGAUCCCCGAAAUCGUUGCUCAGAUCCCUUUUCCCUCGGCCGUCCCGUAUUCCUCGUAAUCUCCACUUGUCCUGGCUGUAGCCAUGGAUGUCAGUUUCGACCGAAUAAACAUAAAAAUACAACAUUUCAUGUGGAUCGCAAGAAUCCUUCAGAACUAAUCCCCACGUAUCCAGAGCAUAGAUUGACGAUGUGCAUGACUGUGGCAAGUGGACAUGGUUUCAAGAACUUUCCGGAUGCCUGAAUCGCACCGAACGAGAGCGCCCAUAUAUUAUCGAGCUAUUUUUUUCUAAAUGAUGUUAUAACCAUUUUCUUUCUAUCGCUGCCUGAUUAGCUGUAGAUUUAAUGAUAGUUUUGAUGAGUAGUUUAGUUCUCGUAUCGACCAACAAAUGUCCUAAAAACAGUGGUCUUUUUUCUGAAAAAUCGCCUGGUGUUGCCGCUAAUGCCGAAAAAAUUACUUUUCUGUCAUGUCAACUGUUUCGUUUACCACAAGCGUUUGAAAUUAAAUCGGGGAAAAUUCAAAUACUAAUUUCGGGUUAUCAUACUAUUAAUUUUAUUGUUGAAUGUUUCUUGUUUUGAAUGACACUUUGUACCACGUGAUUUGGUAAUGAUGGAUCUUAAAGCUGCUGUAAACCUGCCAUAUAACUUUCGUCCUCUUUUCUGUAUAAUAGUGAUAUUUGUAUAACUUUCCUUGGGGAGCUAGUCCCUCUUUCAUUUCCACGUAGUCAAUGUAUGAAUGCAUGAGGUAUAUUUAGAAGAAAAUUGUCUAAUUAUUACAAAGCUGCAGAAUGAUAGAAAAUCAUUUGUUUUGGGUGUAAUAUUAUGUUUUAAGAAUCUAUUAACAAAUGAUUAGGAUGUAAUAAAGAGUUUGGACCAUCGGGAUUUCCGAGAUUUUCAGAGAUCUGGUCCACUUUAUCAAACUUUUCUAUUGCGAUGUAGAAAGCUUACAAAGCCGGGCAAAGUGCAAUAUUAUGGACUUAAACAUCUAAACCAUGCCAAGUAUUCACUCAUUUGAUAGAACUAGUGUUUAGAAAUAGCGGUAACAUAUAUAUACAUCUUGGUGCGCAUGUUCAGUAUAUGCACACGUUACAUGUAUAUCAUAUAUUUGUAUUAUACUAUUUGUCACAAUAAUUGUAAUGCACCCUUUCUAAUCUUGUACAGAGCUCAUUAUAUAUAAAGGAUCUUUUUUCAAUUUUCAAGAAAAAUUAUGAUUUGUUUGUUUUAGUUUGUUAAAAUGGGAGUUUGCAUCAAUACCAUGCGACCGUCGUGUCAUUCAAAAUGGCGUCCAUUCGUUUUUGCGCAGAUGCUUUUCAAUACAGUCACUCUGAGGCGCCAAUAUGGUGAGAGCAAACGUUUGGGCACCAUUGUGGGAUGCAUGAUCAUACAAAGCCCAUCAAUUAUUUAAUUCUCUUAGAUAUUUGACUUUCGCGUUUAUGAGAAUGUAGUAUAAGAUAUAUAUAUUGUCUUGCACAUUGUAUUCAUUUCUCUUUUGUUUUCUUGGUACCUAAUAAAUUGUUUAUUUCAUUUCAA